CCUCGGACUUCGCUCGCGUAUUAUACACGUCUCGUUUGCGAUAAAUUAUAUUUAUCGAUAACCCAUUCGCAUCACUAGUGCGCGCUCGAUUUUGAUUGACAUUGUGAUGUUGUGAUUUUGCCACGUGCAAGCCUAGAAAAAAAAGUUGUCCGUGUAAAAAAAAAUGACACAUGCUUAUGGAAUACAGUAUUUUAUGUAUUUCACUAUAAAGUAAAUAUCGUGGUUGUGCUUAUCCUGUCAUCGCGGUUAGUUAUCUCGCCAAGUUAGAAUCUCAUCAGUAUUAUCAUAAUGCUACAAUCCUUAUUGCUCGUCGCCGUGCUAUCAGUCAGCCGGGGAUCAAACGUGAACAGAAACACGGCCAUUUUUGUGGACAACAGAAUAAGACAUAAUGCCAUAGCACCAAGCGAACCGCUGAAAGUAUUCGCGCUAUUCGUUCGGCCGCGGCCGUUCGUUGCGCACGCGCCGGGCACGUCCGUAGAGCUCACGUGCGAAGCGUACGGCUCACCAGCGCCAUCUAUACACUGGUACAAAAACGAUGCUCCCGUUUACGAGCACGACUUAGAAUCAAACGAACACAUCGACACAAACCCUGAGUCGCUCGCGAGGGUGGUCUCAACCCUUCUCGUCACGAAGACUGAAACAGAAGACCUUUACAGAUGUGUGGUUAAGUCUGGGGGGAGGAUGAAGAGCGCCACGAGUAAAGUUUACAGAUCAAUAGAUGGCGACGGCGGCACGGAGAUGCCCGAGCGAUCCCGACUCAAUCCAUUAGCGCCACGGAUCCUAGUUACCUACAAGGCGUACGUGGACCAAAUCGGAAACAGAGUUGUAUUACCAUGCCGUGUCCGAGGCCAUCCUAGGCCACACAUAACUUGGACUCACAGGGGGAUGAUGGAUACAAAGGAGGUUAUCGUCAAAAAUGGACCCAGAAUGAAGGUGCUAAGGUCAGGCGAGUUAGUGCUUUCACCCCUGCGUUGGACCGACAUCGGCAACUUCACGUGCCGAGCGUCCAACGUGUUCGGCGAGCAGCUCGCCACGACCUUCGUGUAUCCAGCUAAACCCGAGUAACGAUCCUGUUUGUGGUUACAAGCGUCAAUUAUACUUAAUAUGAAGUUCCUGUAAUGACUAAGUUUAUCAUAAGGAAACUUUCCUUGAACGCGGAGAAUGCUGCCAGUGAAGCAUUUUUGUAAAUAGCUCGCGCGCGCUCUGUACUCUCGAAUAUUAUCUCGAUGAGUAUAAAAGUUACAUUUCGUUCGUUGAAUUGUGGCCGAAGUUAAAUACUUUUUUUUUUAAGACAACAUUGUGAAACAAUAAACAAAAAUUGGGAUGUUACGCAAUCAAAUAUUAUUUUUCAAAUGUGGUAUAUCGUCCCAUUGGAGGUAAAUGUUGAGGGAUGAAACAUCUACCCAUACAAUGCAUUUUUUUUAUCAUUUGAAAACUUAUUUUACUGCGCGUUUUAGAGUCGCUUAUCUGAUUUGUAGUCUGCCUAUUUUUUUUUUUAAUUUUAUUGUUGUAUUAUUAAAUAUUAGAUAUUAAAUUUUAAUAAACGACAUCUUUAAUGCCGAAAAACAAUGUAUUAUUUAAAUGAAUUUAACACAUGUGAUUAUAUGAAAAUACUUAUUGUGUAGACUGUGAUUCAAUAUUGAAAUACAAAUAAAUAUUUCGUACAGUG